UGAGGAAGCCGGAGCCAUUGGGUCAUAGGCCACGCCCACUGGAUACAAACGCAGCGCGGGAGUCAGAUGAGGUCAGGAACAUAUGGCCGUCCCGUUGCUAGAACACGGCAGCGCCAAACAUUUCACUGCUUCCUCAACUUGGGCCAAUGAAGAGCUGGACUUGCUCAACGUCUGAAAAUCAAGUCUGGAUCAGUACCAACUCUCCUCGGCUCAGCUACAAACCUCGAAAAAGUACACCUGUUUUGGCACUGACUGCCUCCGCUGACAUCAAGUCAAGAAGCAGAGUCAUCAGACUACUCCAUAUGGACAAUGCUGUUCAAAUCAUCGCUAGUCCCAACAAGACAAACAUCCGUCUUGGCUUGUGCAAGGUGCCCACUCAUCACAUGAACUGCCUAGACUGGAUAGUGCAACAUGCCAAAGACGAGGGCUCAGCAAUGCUACCGAUAUUAAUUUACUGCCAAAGCCUUAAAUCAGUGGGGAGAGAGAGACAUGCCUGGGUGGGCUGUGAUCCGGACUGUAGAAGUGAGAACCUACUGAUUGGCAUGUUCCACAGCAAAACCCUCCCCCAAAACAAGCAGAGAGUGUUGGCUUCUCUGAGGGGGGAAGGGAAUUGCCGGAUAGUUGUUUCAACAACAGCUUUGGGGAUGGGGUUGCAUUUUGCUAAUGUUUCACACGUGGUAAUGUACGGGGCUCCAGGUGACCUAGAGGCCAUUUUACAACAGGCGGGCAGGGCUGGAAGGCAUGGUCAGCCAUCACAUGCCAUCCUCUACAACACCGGGCAGUACUUCAAGGUGGAUGAAGAGGUAAAGAAACUGCUUGCUGUUGGAAAAACCACAUGUUUCAGGAAAUCUCUCCAUGCACAUUUUGAAGCAGAACCCAGCCAUGUAGAGCCAGGCCAUCUCUGUUGUACAUACUGUCAGACUGUUUGCGCUUGUUCAUCUGGCACAUGUACAGAACCCAUGCCCAAUUAUGAACAGAUUGAAGCUGAACCAACUCAUCAGAGAUCUAGGCAUGUGGAUGCAAAUGACAAGUCUUUAAUUGCAGAUUUGCUGAAUGACUACAGAGAUAGUUUGAUCAAUUCAUCCAAUCCACUGUACACCUCACAUGCAGCCUGCACUGGAUUCAGUCAGCAACUGGUGGAUGCAGUAUUGACCCACUGUCAAUACAUAUUUGACCUGGCAUACAUUAGUGCUAACCUUCCUGUGUUUAGAUUGGACCAUGCAAAGGAGAUUUUAAUUAUCAUCAGUGAUGUUUUUGGGGAUAUUGAUGGGGAUCUGCAAUAUGAUUCAGAGAGGUAUUUAACUGACCCAGAUCUCUAUUUCAGUAACUACUUCGACAAUGUUGAUGAUGAUGUUGAAGAUACACUCACGAGCCAUGUCAGUAGCUCUGAGUCUGAACAGUGAAUUCUGUGAUGCUUGUGAUGUACAGAACACUUCAAACCCCUUUGUGUACUUGUGCAGGAACAUGAUUGGUGUCAGUUGUAUAUUGUUUUGUAUGUGUUUGGUUGGUAUUUGUGCAAUUCUACAAAACUAAAUAAAAGUGUACAAAACACAUACUUGUAAGACCCUAAUUAAGUUAUAAUAGAAACGAGACGUACUAUGAAAAAGUGUUUUUUUUUUUACUAAUUCAACCAAAAAGUACUUGCAUAACAAUAUGAACUAUUUACACAUUCAUACAAAUAGGCCUUCUAUAAAAGCUUCAAAUGAAAUAGUCUGGCAGGACAAGGCUAGGACCAUUACAGACCAGGUAGGUAAUUGAUUAAAGAACAACAGUCCUCCAGUCUUUCAGCCUGCAACGCAUCCAUCGCCACACGUCAUUAUAGUUUAGCUUGGACAGAAUGUUUGUGUUAAAUUUAGGGAAUGCAGAGAAGUGUCUUCCCGGUUGCUGGUUGAAAACCUCAGUGUUCCUUAAUACCUGAAGCACCAUUAAAAUGUUGUUUUUUAGAUCUGCAUGGUGGAUGCCACUGGGCCGGGAUAGCUGCAGCUCUCCGUCUGUUGUAUCCAUCAGGGUUUUUAAUAAACCAACAGACCUGCUGACCCUGUCAGCUGUUUUCUCUGCCAGGUUGGUGCCUUUAUUCCUCAAAAAAGAUUUCAGGAAGUUGUUGAGGUGCUCGAGGUGCAGAUCAAGAGGAACAUUUUUCCCUUUCCCGCCGCUACUAUUCCAGAAUCGGUUCCAGGUUACAUCAUGUUUAACCCUAAGGGGACAUUGUUGCAUUGAUUUGUACAGUCAAGAGGAAAGUGCUGUAGGCAUAAUUAGUGUGCCCGUAAGCCUUGUAAAUCAGUAGUGCCACCUUGUACAGCCUUAUCAAGCGCUCCCCAUCUCCCUCUUUCACUGCAUCCAACAUAUCGAAUAGCAGAAAUCCAAAGCUAAGCCUGGCCUCAGUAUGCUGUUUUUUGUGGUCAAUCAGACCAGAGGAAGCCGGCUCAACAACUGGCAUAGAUGCCACCACAAAACUGUGGACUUUCUCUUCGUGGGUCUCUCUGGCUUUUCGAUAAAUGAAAACUUUCUUGCAACCUGGCUCACGACAAGGGAGCUUCUCCUUCUCAGUGCGUUGGGCUGUUGCCGCUUCAGUAACGCCAGCUGUCAGGUCAGCAAUGUCUGUAGACAUUAAAAACUUGUCAACGACCUCUGCCACAGAGUCAUGGAGCCAGGUCCUCUUCUGUUCUGCAGAGCCUUGCUGGAUGUGGUCUGGUACUAAGCCGUCUGGAGUAGCUGUGAGAAAACAAAAAAGAAAUAUAUCUAUAAAAAUUGUAUUCAUACAUUGUACCUUAUGCCAAGAAAAGGUAAUGUUUGAUUCCUUGAUUUUAAUCCUUUCAACACAAUGUAGCAGAUACAGACCUGUGACAUCAUCCAAAUGAAAAUGUUCCAUUGCUGCCACAAGGAAAAGUGCUGUCGUGUCAAUCUGCACAAACUGUUUGUAAGCGUUGUACGCAGCAUGUGGGCCUUUCUUCGCAUUGCUGCACCUGUAAAUCACAUAGCAGUUAUUUAAAUGGCUGCAUAAAACAUCUGCUUGUGAGAUUAUAUUCAUAGUUCAUAAAUUCAUGAUGGUGUGUGUUUGUUAGUAGUACCAAUCAGUGUUGGGCAAGUUACUUCAAAAGAGUAAUGCAUUAUUUAUUACUUGUUACUGUCAUUUCAAAGUAAUUAGUUACAUUGCAAUAUUACUGUCUUUGAAUUGUACGGCAUUACACUACUUUUACCAAAAUAACAGGAAAUAUGGAUUUGUUGUUCUCAAUAGAUCUUCCUGUGUUCAAUGCAGCUCAUUGCACAGCAGGAGGUGAUGUGGUAUGGCAUAAUGACUGAGCUAGGCUUAAGGCUAACAAAAGUACAAUAUAAUGGUCGCAGUUAUGGCUCAUGGUACAAUACAUUUCAUAAUAGAAAUAUUGUAACUUUAGGUAUUCAUAUAAAUCAAUAGAGCUAGAGCCUACUAGGGAAGAUGGAAAAAAAAAAAACACAUUGAGCCCCCUUUUCUACUACAACCAGGUUGUAGUCUUUUCGCUCUGUUCUAGCCCUACUGUUGAUAUGGAGAACCAAGCUAAAAGACUACAACCAGCCUCCCUGGACUGGAUUUUUUUCUCCUCUGUGAAUCUCGCAGUGUUGGCGAAUUUGUAUAAAAACACACAAGUUAAUUUCGGGUUUAAAACGUAUUUCUGGGUUAGUCGGGUUAGGGUUAGCCAAGUAAAAUAUUACCUUUUUUUGUUGGGAGUAACGCGUUACUUUUGUAACGCGUUACUCCCA